AGAAAUUCUUCCUUCCAGUAAUUUUUUAAAAGUGCAGAAUUAGACCAUGAGAAAAUUGGAAGAGAAUGACCUCUUUAUGUGUGCCAGCAGCUUUUUUUUCGUCCACUCGAUGCAAGAGGCAUCUCCGUUCUCUUCACUUGAGCACACAAUUUCAUUCGCUCGAGAUUUGUGGUUCAACAAAUCGCCUAUUAGAGCAUGGUUGGAUGCAUUCUCCGCACACAGACACAUAGGUACAGUUAUUAGUAGGGCGCCUACUGAACUAAUUUCGGAUUUGUGUCAAUUCGGAACAAAAUAUCGAAAGAAAUUUGGCUUCGAAUUCUUAACAACUACAGAUGCUAGACAUUCCCAAAAAAUACUGGAGGAGAUCAAGGCUCGAUGCGAGAACAAUCUCUUGGUUGAACUGGAUAUUGCGGCCCGAGAGAAAUUUUAUUUCAUAGAAAAAGGACUCAGAAAAAUCUGGGAACGAAUAUCUCAAGAGGAGCUUCAAGAGGAAUCAGAAGAUUUAGGGGAGAUAGUUCCAGACUCACUGGAAGAAGAACUCGUGCCCAGCAACAAUUCUGACGAGGAGGGUUGGAUCGAUGACAAGGCUACCAUGAGAAAUUAUGACCUCAAUAAAACACCAGACGAGAACCAGAUAGAAUGAUCCAGCUCUACCCUGAUAUUUGUCAAAUAAUAUGACUCAUUAUUAGCUUAGUUGAAUUCUAGUAAUGUUUUCGUUGUUAUGUCUAGUUGUUUUUGUUUUUUUUCACAGAAUUCAACAUGGAUUCAUUUCAAACACAAAGAUAUUAAGCUGAC